GCCGCCGUCUCCCUCUCGCCCCGCGGUCCGGCGGCUGCCGGACCCCGCCCGGCGGCGGCACCAUGAAGGUGGAAACGGGGGACAACUCCAUGAUCAACCUGUCGGUGCAGCAAGUGCUGAGCCUGUGGGCUCACGGCACCGUCCUCCGCAGCCUCACGGAGAUGUGGUACUGGGUUUUCCUCUGGGCGCUCUUCUCCUCUCUCUUUGUCCAUGGUGCUGUGGGAGUAUUAAUGUUUGUGAUGCUGCAGAGGCAUAGGCAGGGGAGGCUGAUCUCUGUCAUUGUGGUCAGCAUUGGAUUUCUGGGUUCUAUAACUGGAGCAAUGAUAACUAGUGCUGCAGUAGCUGGAAUUUACAGAGUAGCAGGAAAGAAUAUGGCUCCCCUAGAAGCUCUUGUCUUUGGCGUUGGACAGACAGUACUGACAUUAAUUAUUUCAUUCUCAAGAAUUCUUGCAACGCUUUGAAACUUAUGUAGAAAGAGGGGAGAAAAACAUCUUUGAUUUGAAGAGAAGCUUCCUGGAAUUGGAUUCAUCAGCUUAUGAACUCGAAUUCUAGUGCAAGAGGAAGGAAGCUAUGUGGAAAGCGCACUACAAAUCUCGAGGCUCAGUCAAAUGAUCAGGCUGUCCUCUAGUGUUGGAACUGCUGCACUCCUGCACUGCCUUAACGUGCCUCCGUCACGGGUGAGGGGGGAUCCCUGUUGUGCCAAGCAGAGAUGGAGUACCUCCAGCAGCUGCCAGGCUUGGUGAUGGGAUCACUGUCCUUGACACCUUGGAACUAAACAGAGGGGCCGUCCUGAAAGUUGCUGCAUGUGCCAAACUUGGGGUUUAAUUCUGAGCGGGUGGCUGGGUAAGCUCUGGAAUGUAGAAGAAUUCUGUGAAUGUGCACAAUUCUCCUUGAAUUCAGGUGAAAUAGCAAGAUAUUUCAUAUGACUUAUGUGUAGUAGAAGAAUCUCUCUGAAUGCUGAAUAUUAUUGUUCAGCAUUCAAAACAACUUUGUUUUUUAACAGAUCUAACUUUGUUAGAUCUGUUUCAAAAUGUAGAUUAAUUUUGAUGGGGUUUAAGAACCACGGCUUUAAGAACCCUGAUAUAAUUAGCACUAUGUGAAGAAUGGCUCAUGGCAGUUUUCUUUGGCACAUUUCUUCAUGAUUUUAGCCUGUCAGAAAUCAGGAGUUUAAGGAGACUAUAUGAAGGUUACUAAGUACAAGCUGUUGUAUAUGCACAAACAAAUCCUAAACUGAUGUUUUCCUCGAAAAUAUUUUGUCUUAAACAUACAGAUGGUUACCAGCCCUUCUGCAAACCUCAGAAAAAGGGUACUCAUUGCAAAUAAACUCCCUAUACUUAAUUAAGCACUUGCAGGACCCUUACCCCUAUAUGUAUUCUGUAAGGAACACACAAAUAUAAAAAACGCUCAGAGAAUACACCUAUGAUGAAAAUGGAGAGGGGUAACAAUAUGGUAUGGUGGUUUUCUACUGAACAAAAAUAUUAAGUGUAAUAAAAUAGUUACCAUACAACAAAAAUUUGUAAUUGGGGCAGCACUAAUGUAUUUACUACCUUGUUUCUGAACACUUUUUAUCUUUGUAAAGAUUAAGAUACCUGGAACUUUCAAAUGCUUAAGCUUUCAGUAGAUUGUGCUUUUCUAGUUUAAAAGGGACUGAGUGGUGUUGUGCAUGUGAAAUGUCAUAACUGUGAGUGUUUGGAGUAAAGAAAAAAUUUAAGUCUAAUGGCUAAUUAUUUAUGAAAUGCAAACUUUAAAGGGCAUAAAGUUCUGUGAAGAAUAAGGAAUCUUUUACAUUUUUUCUCAACUAAAUGCUUUUCAGCAGUUGUCUCUUAAUGGUGACGGGGAGUAAAUCACUCAAAGGAUUUGCUGUUAUGAUGUCAAAAACACUUUCAGGACUGUCACAAACACUGGCACCUACUGCACACCUAAAAGAAUACGUUUAAAAUAUAACUUGCAAUCCAGUCAUUGCUUAGUACUUCAAAAAUAUAAUUAAUUAACCUGUCUGCCUUUAUCUUAUUCCACAUACCUUUCUUUAAAGUACUGGGAAUGCUAAUGUUAUUUGUUUUCUUUAAAAGCAUCAAAGUCUUGUUUGAAAAACAUACAAAGUUAUGGACUUUGCAGGGAACAAAUUAAAAUAUAGGUUUAUAAAUAUGUUCGCUGUUAUUUUUACUUUUAAUUGCUUUAAAAAUGUGGCUGAAUACAUAUGGUCUCACUGUUUUUGAAUGUCUUCAAAAACUUCUUUGUGGUGUUUUUUUUUUGUCUUUUGUCUUUUACUUUCUGCUUGUACUUUUUGGCACACAACCAUUGCACUUUAGUAGACAAUGAAAUUAUGACAUCUGUAACAAUUUAAACUUCUCCCCAUUGUCUUAAAUUGUGAGAAAACUGAUUUCAGGUAUUUAAGUCAAAUUGAUUAAUAAAGUAAUUCAAGAUAUUUCUCCUAAUGUGCCUUGUUACAUAUAUGUUUAGGGGAGAGGAUUUAAAACAAAUUGUCACAUCUUCGUUCUUGUUCUAUUUUGAUUAUUUCUAAUCAGUUUGGUUCCUUGCUACGGUGUCUUGUUCAACAGACUUUAAAACAUUUUAUUUGACAACCUGGAAAGUCUUGUCUGGAUCAAAACCAACCAUAUCAUGAAGCACUGUGUUCAUUAAUUCAGAUUGUCUCAUGCCUUUAUCUCACACUGAAAGUUAUUCCACAGGUUCCAAAUGUCCUUGAACAUCUCAAUUCUUGUUUUUAAUAGGAGGCUAUUAUGCUGCCACUGGUCAAUGGCUUUCUGUCUUUCACCAAGUUAAAUUACAGCAAGCUCCUGCUAUAACUGGUGAGAUACAUAUGCUUGUGUUGAUGAACUUCAUUCUUCAUUUUAAUUACUGUGCCAAUGCAAUUGUUGCCAUUGUAACUUUCCCCCUUGGACCAGGAGGCAUCUUUGCAGGUUUUAAGCUACCUUUCUCCAAAUAAUUUUUAUUGCAAAAGGUCAUUGUAUUCACUUUUAAAAUAUUGUCAUGUGCUUAGUUUUCUCUGCAUUAUAUGGUGUUAUUGCCUGGCAACAAGGGACAGGCAGAUAAUAUAAUGCUUAAGUGGCCUAGCAGGGACAAGGCUUUAUUUGACAGAAGUUUGUUUUCAGAUGUUUCUUGUGAGGAAUUUGUAAUGAUAAAAGGUUUAUCUGUGAGGUGCUCUUUGAUCACAGCACGAACAUACUGCUCAAUAACUCUGGCAGUGAAAGAAAGUGUAAGUGGCCUUAUGUCUGCAAAACCUGGAACUUUCAUUCCAUAUCCCUAGAAACAGCAUUGUUAAGCAUAAGGUGCUUUAGUCAGUGUGUGUAUGUGUAUAUAUGUGUGUGUAUAUGUAUUUAUAUAUAUAUAUGAAUGAAUGGUAGCUUUGUGGAGUGUGUUUUAUGCCUGACACAUGCUAACUGAAAUAGCUUUUCCAAGAAAAAUAGAAUUCUUUUAGAUAGCCUCCCCUCCCCCUGCCCCUCUUAAUUAAGCUACAAAGAUACCUUGGGUGUGAAUGGCACUGAUGGUACCCUGAUUCCCCUUGGACAAUAGUGUUGUCCAUACAGGAUGUUUGAGCACUAUCUUGAAUCAGCUCUGCCUGUCUCUGCCUUGUAUCACUGGGCGCAUUCUGCAUUGUGCAGAACAAAUAAUACAUCAACACCGUUUAAUAUUUGGAAGAAGGGGAAGUACUGAAUAUAUUAUUUAAUGUGGAAAAGCUGCUGGUUUUUUUUAGAAGCUGCUGCUAUCAAAGAUUUAAACAUUCCACACACUUUCAAUUUAUCAGUAUGAUCAUAGAAUUAUAGAGUACCAGGUUGGAGGGGACCUCAACGAUGGUCUGGUCCAACUGUUCCUGUCAAUAGCACGGUCUAAACAAGGUAGCCCAGCACCCUGACCAGCCAAAUCUUUAAAGUGCCCAGUGCUGGGGAGUCCAACACUUCCCUGUGGAUUUUGUUCCAGUGUCAUUAUUCCAGUGUCCAAUUGGAAUAUCACAAAGUAAUUUGUACACAUGACCCCUUGCCUUUUCCUUGUGACUGCUUAUAAAAAAGGAGUCUCUUCUUUGUAGCCACCCCUUGAAAAUUGGAAUAUGGUGAUAAAAAUUCUCUUAAGCCUUCUUUCUUCAAGGCAGAAUCAACCCAAUUCCCUGCCUUUCCUCAUGUGUCAGGCUUCCCAAACCUUUGAUUAUCCCUGUGGCCUUUCUCUGGACCCCUUCCAGCCUGUCCAUGGUUUUGUGGGUUUUUUGCAUCUCAAGGACCAAAGCUGAAUACAGAGAACCCAGUAUUGCAGGUGUGGCCUGACAAGUGCUGAGUGAGAUGACGGUGAUUUUUAUCUCUGCUGGUGAUGCCCUUGUUGACGCAAUCCAUCCUGUCAACAAUCCCGUUGGCUUUCUUUGCCAUAGCAGCACACUGCUCACUCACAUGGAGCUGCUUGUCCACCAGGGCCCCCAGAUCCCUUUCCACAGAGCUGUUCCUCACACAGCUGUAUCCCAGCCUGUGCUGCACUCCUGGAUUAUGUUUUGUCAAGUGCAAGAUCUUACCCUUGUCCUUGUUGAACUUCUGAAGGUUCUCUGUGCAUCCUAUCAAUGUCAUUUUAGUUGUCAAUGUAUAUUUUCCUGCUUUUCCAUCUCUGGUACACUUCUCUUCUGCCUUUGAGAGGAUCCAGAGGUCCACAGUUAAACCAACGAGGUCUCUUGCUCUGCCCCUUUCCUGACAUUGAAGGUAAUGAACCAGUUUAGUGUUUCCAGGAGACUGUUGGUGGAAAACUGCCAGCACUCACUAGCUUCUUUUUCCUCCAUGGCAUCCCUUCUCAUGGGCUCUGAGCACAGUGAAGUUUGCUCUUCUAAAUCUAAAAUCUUUGUUUUAACACUGACCUUCAGUGUGCUCAGCAGGGUCCCACUACUGUGGUCACGGCAGCCAAGGCUAUCACUGAUUGGGAUUUUACAAAGCAGGUUUUCUUGGCUUUUGUGAGUAGCAAGUCCUGCAGUGCCUCACCCUUGGUUGGCACAUUAACCAUCUGUACUCCAGAUAUGUCCUCUAUGUACUCCAGGAACUUGAUGGAUAACAUGUGGGCUGGUGUAUUGUUCUUCCAACAAGUGUCUAGGCAGCCAGAAUCACCCAUAGAAACAGGUUCUGUUGACCCAAAGCCUUCUUAAGUGACCCAAAUAUUGUUUAAUUGGUGUUAUUUCCUUGGUUUAGAGGUCAGUAGCAGAUGCCUACUUGGAGAUUCCACUUGGAGAUGACUUCUCUGACCUUGACUCAGGCAUUCAAUAGAGCUUCCACAGUCUCUGUGCAUUGGUAUGCAUAUACUGGAGGUGCUUGCUCUCUUGCUUCUCCUCUUGGGAAGCAGCUAAGGAACAUUCGGCACCGCUCUGGCUGGCCUGACAUUCCCCAGAUGAAAAAAAUUUUGUUUUGAUUCAAAACCUGCAGCUAUGUUUCAGGGAAAAAAACACGUCCAAAUAAUUAUUGUCUUUAAUUUUCUGAGUAAUUCUGAGUUUAUGAUACUAAGCUGUGUGCUGUGGCUAUCCAUGAUUUGCUGUUGACUUUUUUUUAAGAAACCAAUAAUUUAAUCAGUUUUGAACAUUCAACAUGGAUCUGACUUUGUCUAAAGUAGCUUUCUAUUUUUGAAAUACACUCUUUUGAUGUUGAUAAAGGAAAUAGUGUUUCCCUCUCAACAUAUUGUACAUUGAUAUUUAUUUUGCUUACAUUUUGUAUUUGAGUUUUGUUGUGGGGGCGCAUAUAUAAUGGCAUUUGGGCAGAAACUGUAAUGGAGUGUGAGCUCUAUUAACUAUGAGAACUGGGGUUUUUUUUGUUUUAAUUUUUGUAUUUCAUGCACUAGGUGUAUUUUAAUAAUGCCUUGCCUGCAUUAAAUCUAAGUAUUUAUAUCAUGAGUAUAUUAAACUGCAUGCUUUUGAACACAGCCACCCAACAUCACACGUGUAUAAUUCCAAAUAAAUAGACACAAUAGUAUUGCUUGGUGUAAUGAAUUGUGGAUUAAUCAGUUAGCUUCCCUCUCCAGAAACUAUAUGACUCUAAUAGGGCCUAGAAAUGCAAUUGUGAACCUGAGAAUUAUUUUUCAGUUCUCUUCUGUUUCUAGAAGUAGGUUUUUUCAUCAUAUGUGUAUUUCAGUUAAGAGGGAAAACAUGGAGAAUAGGUCAUAGUUGCCAUCCUAAUAACCAAUCUAAUUCCAAGCAAUUUGAGACAAAAUGGAAUUCUGAAUGUUGUUCAUAAUUUGUUACAUACACAAAUAUGCUAAAGCAUAACCUUUUUUCAGAGUUACCAAAAUUUAACAUACAAUUCCAUCAGCAUAUUGAUGGGAUACCUUAAGAAUUACAACAUUUUUUUUAAUCUUUAGAUUGGGAGCAGCCCAAGGUAGAAAGACUGUUCAAAUCCUCAGCUGUUGCUUCAGAAGGAAUAAAUGUUCUUUGAGUAAAGAUGAAUUCAUCAGAGCUGAACAUUUGUUUUGGGCUAAAGGUCAAAUAUUUAGUCGCACUUUGGUCACCACCAUCACAACCUUUCAGGUCAGUGGGAAAAGUACUAUGUACUCUGUUACAGCAGUGAAAUCUUCAUCCUGGUUCAUUAAUUUGUGUAUGUAACUGCACAUAAUUUUGGGAAAGUGAAGUUAUAGAAAGUAGAAUUCCACCUGAGUACAUACAUUGGAUUUCCUAAAAUUGUGACAGAUUAUGUCCUGAAGCAUGCUGUUUCUGCUGUUUCCCACAAUUGUGCCUGAAAUUACACGUGAAAUUCAGGUUGUACAUUAAUUCUAAAUGUAAUCACAAGGACAUCUCAAAUCCUUAAGAUGUAUUACUGUUUGGGGUAUUCUCCCAGUGUAUCAGGUAUAGAAAUAAUUAUGCUCUAAAAAGUAUUUUCUUUCAAGAACACACAUUUUGUCGCUUCUAAUUGUCAUCUUGUAGUUACUGAAGACUUUAGGAAGCUACUGCAUGAAUCCUGGCAGCAUUUGACAGCUGUUGAAGGGAAUGGGUAGUAUGUCCUUUUGUGCUUCUUCUGUGGACUGGGAAAUACCAACUAUAAGGUGAAGUAAAUACUGAAGAGACAUUUUCAGUAAAACAAGCAAUACUUGAUUGAUACAAAUGGCAUUCCUUUUGAUUUGAGACCUAACUCUCUAGGUUUACUCGAGAUAUUUAGUAUCAACACUGUAAAAUCCAUUAUGGAUUAUCCAUCAAUAUAAGGUAUAUGGGAGCUAAAAAUCUAAAACUUUUUAAAACUGCUUGGGUAGAGGUUUUGUUUGAAAUGUGUCUAAAUUUUGUACAGUUAAUGAAGUUCUGAAGGACCUUAAUAUUUUGGGUGUUUUAGAGAAUAAUCAGGUAUCUAUAGAACUAAACUUUUGACUGUGACAAUAUAUAGAAUAGCACACAACUCUUCAGAAGUGCUUAUAGAAACCACUCACAAUAAAUACCUAUUUUACAGUUAGAAAAAGCAUUUAGCAUAUCUGUAUUGAUAACUUCAACAGUUGUACUAUAAGCUUUACAAAUACAACUAUUAUAACCAUUUGGAUUUGUCUGAACAAAUAUCAGGAGAGGAAAACGGGAAUUUGAAAAUCUUUAAAAAUGACAAAGGUAAAAAAUAUCCAUUAAUCCACUGCCAUACUUGUGCUCUUUCAGUGCAGCUUUUCAUCAAGCAUGUCUUGAACAAAAUAACAUUGUUGGUAUCUCACCAUAAAUUGUCUUGUUUAUAGAAUGUGUUCUUCAAAUUUGUAUUAGAAAUAGAUGUUCAUAUAUUCACUUUAUGAAGUUGCCUAAGCUGAAGUGUUGAGACCUAGGCAUUGUUAUGAAGCUCAAAGAUAGCAACAACAGUGAUGGAGAAGAGUGAUUUAACAUUUGGUUGAUUUAUACUUUGUACAGGACUCUGUUAUAGUGUGCAAAAGGUACUUGUUUUGAGUUGUGGAUGUACUGCAUGCUCACGUAAUAGUUUAGCUCCAGUUAAAAAAGGAUGGCUUUUAAGCUGUAAAUACUGUAUACUACUGUAUUUCAUUUUUUAAAGCAACUUUUUUACUUCCCUGUUUGUGUACAGUUCUCUAUGUGCAUAUUAAAAAAACCUAAAACAAACAAACCACAACAUUUUGGGAAACUUUUGUAGUUAUCUUUUUUAUUUUAAUUGUGUUAACAACCUAAAUAUGUGCAUUCAGCUGUCUGUUUAGUUUGAAGUCUUCAUUGCAUGCUUUCAGGUUCUUUGAAAAACAGCAAUAACAGUUGGACAAUUACUUAGAGUAAAACAUUCUUCUGCACAAUUUCCACUUCCUUUCUUUAGAAUGCAGACACAGUGAAACAGUUGUCCAAUUGUAAGAUUUAAAGAAUCGUUAAGUAGUCAUUUAUAUUUAUUUUCUUUUUGGUGGUAGGAAACGUCUCAUAGUAGCUUAUAAACAAAAUUUGCAAGUUAAACAUGAUUUCUCGUGCUGAUUUAUUUAACUAAAAUUUUCUAUUAAACUAUUUUCAUAAACUUUAUGUAGCUUGUUGCAUGUUCUUCUAAGUAAUCAUGAAGUUAUGUGUCAACCUCUGUAUGAAACACUCUGAUAACACAAGUUUUACAUUUUGUGAAUCUGAUUGAAAUGUACAGAUGUACACAUAAAAUAAAGCUAAAAUUAGUAAUUAAA